AUGCACAUGGACCCGGUCUGUGCGACUGCGGCCUUUGUGACUUUGCUGAACGGGGACCAGGCUCAGGAUGCCAUCCGCUCCCUCCAUCACAGCACUGUCCGGGGUCGGCUGAUCAACGUCACCCUGCAGCCCACCGACUCGCUGCUCUGCGUCACCAACCUGCCCCACACCUUCACCGCCCAGCAGUUCGAGGAGUUGGUGCGUUCCUACGGAAACAUCGAGCGCUCCUUCCUGGUGUACAGUGAGCUGACAGGCCAGUCCAAAGGAUACGGAUUUGUUGAAUAUAUGAAGAAGGACUCUGCUUCCCGGGCCCGUUCUGAGCUGCUGGGGCGACCGCUGGGCGAUCGCUCAUUGAUGGUGCAGUGGAUGGAUGUCAACCAGCUGAGCCAAGAGGAGAACCUUCACUCCAAGUGUCUGUGCGUGGACCGGCUGCCCCUGGACCUCUGUGACUCCGAGGAACUGACCCAGCUCUUCUCUGAAACCUACAAACCUGUCUUCUGCCAGCUCGCUCAGGAUGAAGGCAGCCCGGUGCGAGGCUUCGGUGUGGUGGAGUACGAGAGCGCAGAGCAGGCGGAGGCCGUUCUGACAGAGAUGGACCGAACGCCGGUGGGGGGGCAGGUGGUCCGACUGUCACUCUGCUCCCCCGGCACCUCAGGGAGAAGCACCCUGGCCGCACUCAUCGCCGCCCAGGGUAUGAUUCUGAGUAACAGAAAAGGAUUGCUACCAGAACCCAACCUGGCCCAGCUGCUGACCAGUAUGACCAACCCUGCUGCUCUGCAGAUCCUCAUGAGACCGUACCACACUGGGAAAAGAGGAGGAAAGUAUGGCCGUCACACCAGCCUGCCGUUCCUCAGACCUCCUCUCACCACUGCUCUGCUCACACUGGGAAAAGCUCAUCAGAGUGCAAUGAUCGGAAAUGGACUAGUCCUUCAGAACCUCCUUCAUAUGCAGCUCGCCCAGCAACAGCUUCUUCACAUCAAAGACAAGCGCGUCAGCAGCGUCUCCAGUCUUCUCGGGGACCCGUCCAAACUGCUGAUGCAGAAAGCCUUGUCUCUGCGACCUCCGGGCCUCAUACCUCUGGGGAAAGGCCUUCUGGGAGAUUCUCCUACAGAGUUAGGUCCAGAGUCUCUUCCGGUGUCUACCAACGCCACAGUAGUGGUAUCAUCCUCGGGGGUCAUGCCUUUCCUCCAGUGUCGAGCUGCAGGAGGAGAACCAAACCUCACCCAUGCUCUGUCCGCCAACCCCAUCGCCUCCUCCGCUGCCUCCUCCUCCUCCUCUUCCACCUCCAUCUCCUGUGACAGGCAGCCAGCACCUCCUGGGACCUUGGUAAACAGUGGUCAGAGUUCUUUGCUUGGAGAUCCCCCGAAAGAAGUCCGACUGCCCUCCAAUCCUUACCUGAACUUGGCCAGUGUGAUGCCAGGGGUGGUCCUGCAAGGUUGA